AGAAACCUCAUAAGUGCGGCUUGUGUGCGAAGUCCUUUCCGACGCCUGGAGACCUCAAGUCUCAUAUGUACGUCCACAACGGUUCUUGGCCCUUCAAGUGUCACAUUUGCAACAGGGGCUUUUCCAAACACACCAACCUCAAGAAUCAUCUCUUCCUUCAUACAGUUGUUGGGACUCAUUGCUAGCAUCGUGUCAAAGCAAAUUCUGCACCCACAGGAGUCCGACGUCGAUCAGGUAGAAGGGACAAAAAAUGGUUAA